AAAAUACUGAGACACGUUGAAAAUAUAGAAUCACAGCAGCUGUGUGGUUUUUUUAAACAGAAGAAGGUGAAAGUUUCAGAUGUUUAUGUGACGAGAUGGAAACUCUGCUUCUUGUUUGUCGUAGUGUCUGAGCUUCAGGAGGAAGGAAUAAAUGCCAUCAACCUUCCGCUCAGCCCUUCACACUAUGAGCUGGACCCUGAAGACACCAUGUUGGAGGAGAAUGAAGUUCGCACGAUGGUCGACCCCAACUCCAAGAACGACCGAAAGCUGCAGGAGCUCAUGAAGGUGUUGAUCGACUGGAUAAACGAUGUCCUGGUGGGAGAGAGGAUCAUCGUGAAGGAUCUGGCUGAGGAUCUGUACGACGGGCAGGUUCUGCAGAAACUGUUCGAGAAGCUGGAAGGUGAGAAACUGAACGUGGCGGAGGUGACCCAGUCGGAGAUCGCCCAGAAACAGAAGCUGCAGACGGUUUUAGAGCGAAUCAACGACUCGCUCAAACUCUCCACCAGAAACAUUCGCUGGAACGUCGACUCGGUUCAUGCUAAGAGCAUAGUUGCCAUUCUGCACCUGCUGGUGGCGCUGUCACAACACUUCAGAGCACCAAUCAGAUUGCCCGACCACGUUUCUAUCCAAGUGGUGGUCGUUCAGAAGCGAGAGGGAAUCCUUCAGUCCAGACAGAUUCAGGAGGAGAUCACCGGAAACACAGAGGCCUUCUCUGGCAGACACGAGCGGGACGCCUUCGACACCCUGUUCGACCACGCUCCAGACAAACUCAACGUUGUGAAAAAGAGCCUCAUAACUCAGCUCCACGUGUUUGUCCUGCUUCAGUUUGCAGACGGUGUUUACCUGGUGUUGCUGAUGGGGCUGCUGGAGGGAUACUUUGUGCCGCUCUACAACUUUUUCCUCACGCCAGAGAAUUUUGACCAAAAGGUCCACAACGUGUCCUUCUCCUUCGAGCUGAUGCAGGAUGGAGGUCUGGAGAAACCAAAGCCCCGACCAGAGGACAUUGUGAACUGUGACCUUAAAUCGACACUGCGCGUCCUCUACAACCUCUUCACCAGGUACAGGAACGUGGACUGAGCGCCACACGCAGCACGGGCGAAGGCUUUGUCUCCACGGACGACAUCGUUAUCAAUGACCUUUGUUUUUCCUUCUGCUUGUUGGAGAAAUGUGUUUUUUUUUAUCUGAACGCAUGCGUCACACUUUGUAUCUGCUGAGCGAUGCACCACUCAAACCUGUUUCCUGCAAAGACAUUCAGUUUCUGGCUUUUUUAUAAACGGACAGUAUUAAUGUCGAUUUAAAUCGUAGCGCGUCUUAAGACGUGAACUGGGUCCAAACCUUUUCUGUAGUUUGUGUUUCUCGUGAAGCAGCAGCAGCAGAUUGUCCGAGGGGUGGAGCCUGUAGAGCAGCGGGAGGCGGGACGUGGCGUAUAAAUUCUGCGGUGGAAAGUUCAGUGUUGUCGUUCACAUCACGGCUGCUCAGCAACUUUACUCACGGACAAAAGGUCGUGUUUUUUUUUUUAUAUAUGUGACAAUUGAAAAAAGGAUAUUUCCAAGUUGACGUCUUCGUCAAGCAACUGACAUUUGUGUUCUCACACAAUAAUUUGCUGAAACGAUCCAGACCCCGGAGCACGUCUGUAGAGAUAAAAAGGAUUUGUGUUCCCCUCACUCGAUUUUUACAAAGAAUUUAUAAUGAACUUUACUUUUAAUUCAGAAAAAGAAAACGUUCACUUGUAUUUAUUCCUCAUUUGAACUUCUUCUUCUCUCUGCUCUUGUUUACUGAUAAGUGAUAUUUAAACAUCCUUCGUAUCGGAACACGUCUUCUCUCCUCUCGUCUUAACGUUUCUUAUGAUUGUGUUGAAAUAUUUGACCAAAGCUGUGUCGUCUUCACGCUCUAAAACCUUAUAAAGGCUUCACUCUAUCCUUUUGUAUAAUGCACUGUCUUAAUCUAAAAAGAAAUACAGGAGCAUUGUAUAAUCACUGUUUAAUUCGUUAUAUACUCAUUCGAUUCCUCUUGUUUCUGCAGGAUAAAUAAAAUCCGACUGAAUAUACAGUGUUUUCUGCAGCACUGUGUACGUUGCUGUGUGUAUAAACUCUCUUCUAGUGUUCAUCAUGUAUCUAUUUAAGUUUUAAUGCUUCACAUUCAAUAAAUCAUUCAGUUCCUGAA